UUUUUCGCCUGAAAGCCAUCUCGACAAGGUGGAACUUUUCUCGAUCCCGGUCUUGCCCCAUUCCUAGCACAUUACACGAAAUGGCGUCGAGGCUCGUUUUCAGCAGGAAUGCUCAGGUCUUGAGACAGACCUUGGCUCCCAGCGUGUCCCGGCAAAUUGCCGCUGGCGUCGCUGCUGCCCGUCUUCAACAGCGUGCGGAACUCGCAACCGCUCCUCAGCGGCCUGACCCCAAAGUUGCUGCCGAGUCUCUUAUCAAGCUUUUCCCUGGUGACAACUUGGCCGCGAAAUCUGGAUCCGUUCUCGUCGGUGCUUCCAUUGCCGCUUUCCUCAUCUCCAAGGAGAUUUACCUCGUCGACGCUGAAGUCUUUGAAAUGGCUUGUAUCUUUGGCGCGUACUACCUGUGGUUCAGCGGUGGCAAGGACGGUGCCGUAGAAUACUUUAACGACAAGAAGGCUACCAUCAAGCGCGUGCUUGAGCAGGCUCGUAGCGAUCACAAGGCUGUUGUGCAGGAGCGUAUUCAGCACAUUGGCAAGAUGUCAGACAUUGUCGAUGUAACCAACGGCUUGUUCGAGAUGUCAAAGGAAAUCGCCAAGCUCGAGGCUGAGGCUUACGAGCUGAAGCAAAAGGUCAACUUCACCUCCCAGGUGAAGAGUGUUCUUGACUCUUGGGUUCGCCACGAGGCUUCGGUUCGGGAGUCUCAGCAAAAGCAAUUGACUGGUGCCGUCAUUCAACGGGUGAAGGACGCCUUGGCUAACGACAAAGUGCAAACCGACAUUCUCAAACAAUCCCUGGCUGAAAUCGAAAGGCUCGCUGCUACCCCCAAGGCGCGCUAAGUUAAUUGGAGCUAGGAUACCAGUCAUGUUAGAUUUAUGAUCUAUCUCAAAAAUUAAACUUACACAUGUGGGUGGUCGCCCGAACAAAGUGUGCACCUCAUAACAUCGGACUCUUUUGCGUUUUCUGAUGAGGUGGAUGCCACCUCCAAAUGGGGAGCAAUGUCGUGCGGGGCAGAAGCCAAAACUUAUACGGGACAUGCAGGGACGAGAAUGAUAUGCAAAAGUGUACAUUGAAUUCGUCGAGAUGUAUACAGCCUACUACGCCAUGAUCUAAAAGGCCUCCCUAAGGAUACUCCCAAAAUCUAUCUACUCGGAGAGCUUGGCCAGGAUCUCAGAGUCUCGGUACAGGAAGUAUUCCUGGU